AAUCCGCCGGCCUGUUGGUGGAAAUCCCCACGUGGUUUCCACUCCGUAUAAAGACUUUGGGUGCGGAGUCUCCGUGGAUCGCAAAGAGACAGAAAAGGGGUGUUGCAGCAGUAACGCAGUAACGCAGCUGAGCAUCCAGAAACACACGGGCGCGUAAAAGACACGGACACACCGGGACUCGCAGCUCCACAAGUGCACUUUCUGCUGUUUUUUUCUUCUCUUACUGUGGGUCACACGGAUGGAAAGUAGUCGCCAGGUGGUUUUCCUCGCUCAUGUUGUGGCGUUUCUUUGUCUGAUGCGGCAGAUUUGAACUGAAAGUGGAAUGACUGCUGCGCGUCAAUGUGCGUGCGUGCGCCUCGAAAUCCCAGAGAUGAGCCUUCAUUUUGCGCACAAGACAGCCGGAUAAAAAUAAAACGCUGAAUUGAUACAGGCUGGGGUGGAACUCAGAGUUUCUGGAGCACUUUUGUGCGUGUUGUGGGGGGAUAUUUCCGGGACGUCUGUGGAUUUCUUUUGGAGCUCCAGUGGAUUUUCUUCCGGAACUUGCACAUUUUUUUUCUUACACACGCGUUUAACAUCCUGAGCCCUUUUCUGUUCAUUUCUCUGUAACUCGAUUAAAAAAAAUGAGUUUCUCCGGCUUGCAUGUGGCCAUUAUUAUGCUUGCAUGCCUUGCCCUGCGCGUGCACGGCAGCGGGGGCUCGGACCCCUCUGCCCCGCAUGCAUGCGCCUCCUGCGGCCUCAGGACGGCGGAGCAGCCGGUGGUGGACAUCGACUUCGUGGAGGCGGUGAAGAGGCACAUCCUGGACCGGCUGCAGAUGCGGGAGCGGCCCAACAUCACCCACCCGAUCCCCAAGGCGGCCAUGGUGACGGCGCUGCGCAGGCUGCACGCGGGGAAGGUGCGGGAGGACGGCCGCGUGGAGAUCCCCAGCGUGGACGGGCAGAACUUCAACAACGAGGUCCAGUCCGAGACCUCCGAGAUCAUCAGCUUCGCGGAGUCCGAUGAACACACGUCUCCCAAAUCCGGCCUGUUCUUCCUGAUCUCCAACGAGGGACACCAGAGUCUGUUCGUGUCCCAGGCCAACCUCUGGCUAUACUUCCGACUGCUUCCGGGCAAUCUUGAGAAGGGCCUCCGGCGGAAGAUCACUGUCAAGAUCCACUACCAGGAGGCAGGGGCUCUCGGUGGUGCCGAGGGAAUCCCCGGAGGCGGCGGAGGGGGGACGGGCCGCUGGGUGCUGGUGGAGAAGCGGGUGGACCUGAAACGCAGCGGUUGGCACACGUUCCCACUGUCGGAAGCGGUCCGGGCCGUGUUUGGGAAGGGCAACCGCAGACAGGACCUGGAGGUCCAGUGCGACGGCUGUGACGCUGCCGGCGUGGCCUCUGUGCUGGUUGAACCGGGCGACCCCUCCCAUCGGCCCUUCCUAGUGGUGCGUACGCGACAGGUGGACGGGAAGCACCGCAUCCGAAAGCGGGGUCUGGAGUGUGACGGCAACAGCGGCGGUUUGUGCUGUCGGCAGCAGUUCUACAUAGACUUCCGCCUAAUCGGUUGGAAUGACUGGAUCAUUGCGCCGGCCGGUUACUACGGCAACUACUGCGAAGGCAGCUGCCCGGCCUACAUGGCCGGGGUCCCGGGAUCAGCCUCUUCCUUCCACACCGCGGUGGUGAACCAGUACCGCAUGCGAGGGAUGAGCCCGGGCUCGGUCAACUCCUGCUGCAUCCCGACCAAACUCAGCACCAUGUCCAUGCUUUACUUCGACGACGAGUACAACAUCGUCAAGAGGGACGUUCCCAACAUGAUCGUGGAGGAGUGCGGCUGCGCCUGAGCGCGCCCCGACCCCCCCCCUGGCGUCAAAACUCAGAACCGUCACAAAGGCCUUUUGUACAAACGAGACGUUGUUGUACGCCACACUUACAAGAACAUCUGCAUCUACUGAACGAGCACGCGGCUCCCGCCACGCCGGCAGGCACGCAAUCACCGCGACCAGCCUAGUAUCUGUGUGUGAGUGUGCGCUGGCGUGAGAGUGUGUAUUUAUCUACCUGAGUGGAACGCUCGCCGCCAGUUUCUGUCCGUCCUGAAGCCGACGGGUCAGCGACGAGUCAAGAAGGGAACCAUUAUCACCAAAUGAUACUUCUAGUUUGCCAUAUCUAGUCAAAAAACAAUGGCUUACAGGCUUGCUCAAAAGUUAGAGCGUGUCUUUUAAUCUUGUUUUGAGUGUAAAAUCAUAAAUGUCACCUGAUUCUAGAGGAUCUUUGCCAAAAACUAUCUCCCGAAACAAAACAACACGUAACUGUUUUUAACUAUUUAAAAAGAUUUCGCCAAAUGAAAAAAACACCCUGCAACACUCUUCACACUUUCUGAGGGGUUUUCUGCCUAAAUGCCGUGUUUGGAUUAGGAUGUCAGGCGCUGAUUAAUUGAUUCAUUGAU